AUGAUUUUCAGAGGAUUUGCCGUUGAAGACCCAGACAAUCCCAUUAGGGUACAGCUCCUCUUCAAUGAUUAUCCCUAUGGUGCAGAUGGGCUUGAUAUCUGGCAUGCCAUCAAGACAUGGGUCACAGACUUGUGCUCACUUUUCUACAAAGACGAUGAUUCUGUCAAUUCUGAUGGAGAAAUCCAAGCAUGGUGGUCGGAGAUCCGGAAUGUGGGCCAUGGUGAUAAGUGCAAUGAGGCAUGGUGGUACAAAAUGACAACUCUCUUAGACCUAAUAGAGGCUCUAACAACACUCAUAUGGAUUGCAUCAGCUCUUCAUGCUUCUGUCAACUUUGGGCAAUAUGCAUAUGCUGGCUACCCUUUAAAUCGUCCCAUGCUAUGCCGAAAAUUUAUUCCAGAGGAAGGGACAAAAGAAUUUGCCAAGUUCCUAAGAGAUCCAGACAAAUAUUAUCUCAAUAUGUUGCCUGGCAGAUUUGAGAUGACCCUUGGUAUAGCAUUAAUAGAGGUCCUCUCGAUGCACACAUCUGAUGAAGUAUACUUAGGUCAGAGGCCGCUGUUAGAGUGCACUAACAAUGGAGUUCAACAAAAAUUCAAGAAGUUCAACGAACAUCUUCAAGAGAUAGAGAAGAAAAUUAUUCAGAGGAACAAAGAUCCCAAGUUUAAGAACAGAUGCAGCCCUGUCAAGAUCCCAUAUGAACUUCUCUACCCAGAUACAUCCAAUGUUGGAUCCAAAAGGGGCAUCACAGGAAAGGGGAUCCCUAACACUCCACAAUUGGCCAGGUCUCACCCUGAUAGUCAUUGCAUUACUGAAUAA